AUGCGUCCGCCCAGCGGCCGCGGGCACUUCUGGCUGCUGGCAUGCUCGCUUCUCUUGACCCGGCUGGCAGCUGCUCCACAAAACUUGUCGCCGCCGUCUCUGAGAAGCUGGUCGGGCGUGGCCUGUCGGCUGUCCCGCGCUGAGUCAGAGCGCAGGUGCCGCGCGCCUGGGCAGCCCCCGGGAGAUCCGCUGUGCCACGGCCGGGGCCGCUGCGACUGCGGAGUCUGCAUCUGUCACGUGACGGAGCCGGGCACCUACUUUGGGCCCCUGUGUGAGUGCCACGAUUGGGUGUGCGAGACCUACGAUGGCCAGAUCUGCGCAGGCCAUGGUAAGUGUGACUGUGGCAAGUGCAAGUGUGACAGUGGUUGGACUGGAGCCGCUUGCCAGUACCCCACCCGCUGUGACCUGACCAAGAAGAAAAGUAACCAAAUGUGCAAGAAUUCUCAAGAUGCUAUAUGCUCCAAUGCAGGUACAUGCCAUUGUGGCAGAUGUAAGUGUGACAAUUCAGAUGGAAAUGGACUUGUUUAUGGUAAAUUUUGUGAAUGCGAUGACAGAGAAUGCAUUGAUGAUGAAACAGAAGAAAUAUGUGGAGGCCAUGGGAAGUGUUACUGUGGAAACUGUUACUGCGAGGCUGGUUGGCAUGGAGAUAAAUGCGAAUUCCAGUGCGACAUCACCCCCUGGGAGAGCAAGCGAAGAUGCACUUCCCCAGAUGGCAAGAUCUGCAGUAACCGAGGGACCUGUGUGUGUGGGGAAUGUUCGUGCCAUGAUGUUGAUCCCACCGGAGAUUGGGGUGACAUUCAUGGGGACACCUGUGAGUGUGACGAACGAGACUGCCGAUCCAAGUAUGAUCGAUACUCGGAUGACUUCUGCUCAGGUCAUGGGCAGUGUAAUUGUGGAAGAUGUGACUGCAAAGUAGGCUGGUACGGGAACAAGUGUGAGCUCCCACGAUCCUGCCAGCUGUCUGCUGAGGAGAGCAUCAAGAAGUGCCAGGGAAGCUCUGAUCUGCCUUGCUCUGGAAGGGGGAAAUGCGAAUGUGGGAAAUGCAGCUGCUACCCUCCCGGAGACCAGAGGGUGCAUGGGAAGACCUGCGAAUGUGACGACCGGCGCUGUGAAGACCUAGAUGGUGUGGUCUGUGGAGGUCACGGCACAUGCUCCUGUGGGCACUGCGUGUGUGAGCGAGGAUGGUUUGGAGUGCUCUGCCAGCAUCCACGAAAGUGCAACAUGACUGAAGAACACAGCAAGAGUCUGUGUGAAUCAGCAGACGGUAGAUUGUGCUCUGGCAAGGGUUCCUGCCACUGUGGAAAGUGCAUUUGUUCUCCAGAUGAAUGGUAUGUUUCAGGAGAAUUCUGUGACUGUGAUGACCGAGACUGCGACAAGCACGAUGGACUCACCUGUACAGGGAAUGGAAUCUGUAACUGUGGCAACUGUGACUGCUGGGAUGGAUGGAAUGGAAAUGCAUGCGAAAUCUGGCUUGGCACGGAAUAUCCUUGACAGUUGCAUGGGAAAGGAAUCUGGAAUCUAACUUUUCUAGGCCAUUAGAACAUAUAACUGCAAAGAAAAUCAUGUAUAAUCACUGCUAGAACAGAUUAAAUGGACUCUUGUGUUUUCUUCUAUUUUGGAA